AAUAAACAACGAGAGGCGAUACAUAGUAGUUACUGGAAACUUUUAUUUGUAUUAUUAUCAUUUAAAGGAACAAAUUAAUUCAGGGCGUCGUAAAGUAAACAAACAUGAGCGCAAUAAAUGACAAGGACAAGAAGGUUGGAAGAUGUUUACUGGGUAACUGGGUUGAGGAGAGGGCUACAGAACUGCUGUACAGGACAGGAUCUAAAUCUUGUAUUCAUGAGAAUGGACACAUAGGAAUCCUCACUGUGGACACAGCUGCUGAAGUGCAGGGUGUUAGUACAUUCAAUGCUGCCUUCAGUUCUCCAAAAAGCCUUGGAAUGAGACAGAAAGGAAAACGGACUGAACUUAUGGAAAAGGACCUCAUCAAAAAAAUAAGUGUUCAGGUACAUGCAGAGCUGAAUCCAGCCCCUCCAGCCUCUGAGUUGUGCUCGGUUACCAAAGCAGACUACAAGGUGGAGGGCUUCAAGCCUGUCCAUGCACCGCUCAACAUGAAGCAUGAUUACACGACAGAACAGGCCAUUACAUUCUGGAGUGAUAACUAUCAGAAGAUUCAGGGUGUGACAGCAGUUAAAACCAAGCAUUGCCCAUUCAAAAGAAAUGCCACCUUUAGCACACCAAUCAGUGAACAACUGGAUCAACUUGAUGACACCUUGCCAUACCCUUCUGAAAAUGAUGCUCCAUUGUGACAAAUGAAUUGUGAAAAAUAAUAUAGAAAAAUAGAAAAAAUAUUGUGAAACAUCAUUUAGUUUGUUUUGGAGUUGAUAACUACUAUGAAUAAAAUAAACUUG